AUGGACAGCCGAGAUAACUGGCAUGAUCGGCUGGGCUCGGCUGUCGGCACCCGGUCCUCGGGAAUCCUCGGAACUGCUCGGGACGGCCGGGAGCGGCUCCUCUGGAGCAUCGUCGAGCUUGGGAACGACGAGCUGCGGUAUUUGAUCGCUUGA